UUCUGCAUGAUCAAUUUCACCAUGGAUUCUUCAUUCAUUCACCACCCAUUUUCCGAUUUCUCCUCCUCGUCUUCCUCAUUCACCACCAAUUCCAUGUACAAUUUCGAAAACCAAUCCCUUCCCUUCAAUGAAAAUAACUCCCAAGAAAUGCUUCUCUUUGGGGUCUUGGCCAGGGACCAUGGGGAGGUGAAUUCGAGAGCCAACAUUGAAGAGGAGGAGCCCAAGAAGGAAGAAGUUUCCUAUCGAGGGGUUCGGCAGCGGCCUUGGGGGAAAUAUGCUGCUGAGAUUCGAGAUUCUUCCAGGAGUGGAGUGAGAGUGUGGCUAGGAACUUUUGACACGGCCGAGGCCGCAGCUUUGGCCUACGAUCAAGCCGCAUUUGCGCUGCGGGGUUCGUUGGCGGUUCUCAAUUUCCCGGCCGAGAUAGUUUACAAGUCGCUUCACGAGAUGAAGUAUGGUUAUGAGGAGGGGAGCUCGCCGGUUUUGGAGUUGAAAAGGAGGCACUCUAUGAAGAGGAAGUCAAAGUGUAAGAAGAAGAAAGAGGAGGAGGAGAGGGUGGAAAAUGUGGUUGUGUUUGAGGAUUUAGGGGCAGACUAUUUGGAGGAGCUUUUGAGUAUAUCUGAGAGUGGUGGUCCUUGGUGAAUCAGCACUGUCCCCAGCAUCAACUUUUUACCAUCAUCUCUUUACUGUACUUUGCAUUCUCUUCUAAGGGAGGAUUGAGAUUUUAUAAAUAUCACUAUUUGGAUCGCUAACGAUU